CGGGGUAGUAGCAGUAGUAGAUCAAGAAGCAGGCAAGAUGCCAGCAGUCUCUAGAAGGGCGAGCCAAUCCGGGACAGGAGGAUGCCGACACAAAAGAAAGCGCGCCAGACCAGGACGCACUUGAGAAUAAGAACCAAUGACGAUGAAAGUGACGAGGAAGAAGUACACGUAAGCAGCGGAGUGACCAUAUCCGUCGCUGACGACGAACUGCCCGAGGCGUCGAGCGAGGGAGAGGUCAACAACCAAGCUCGCGACGGUCACGAUGAUGGAAGGCGUAGAGUUCAUCAUGGGUCCGGUAGGCGUGGCAACGAAGAUGAUGGUGGUAGCGAUGGUCGACGACGAGGUGGCAACACCCCAAGAAGAAGCAGCAGGGACGAUGACUCUGGCGGACGAGAAGGCGACAACAAUGGGCAGCUUGAUGAAAUUGGAAGUGUACAGUGGCAGCCGAGCCAACGACGUGUGCCGUCAAACCAGAUGCAGCACGACGAUGACGCCGCGCAGCCCGACAGCAAUAACGACAAAAACAUGGGCUGGUGGGACACCUUGAUGCCAGAUCAGCAGCGACACUUGGCGAAGAGGCUGUUCAACCAAGCGCCAGCAGCAACAGCACUGUUCACUGUCGUGGUGCAGGCACCAGAGCUGUCAGCCCCGCGCCGGCCCAAGAUGAAGACUUUGAACUUGACAGACUUCAAGGGGUAGCCGAGCGAGUCUGUGGAGGCCUGGCUGGCGACAAUUCCCCAAGAAGUGGAGCGGCAACUUAGUCUCGGAGGCGACACUUGGUCCGCGCU